AUGGGAUCUGUCUCCAACCAGGAGCUCACAGGUGGGCUUUCCAAGCAUGUUACUGAUACCUCAGAUCCUCUCCAACCAGAGGAAUCCAAGGUCCUUCAAGGAUCUGGAGUAUGCAAAUGGUUCAACGUUAGAAUGGGCUUCGGCUUCCUCACAAUGACUAAGAAAGAAGGCGUUGAUCUGGAAACUCCUGUUGAUGUCUUUGUGCAUCAGAGUAAACUGCACAUGGAAGGUUUUCGUAGCCUGAAGGAGGGAGAAUGUGUGGAAUUCACUUUCAAGAAAUCUUCAAAAGGCUUGGAAUCCACAAAAGUGACAGGACCAGGGGGUGCUCCUUGCAUAGGAAGUGAGAGGAGACCUAAAGUAAAGGGACAGCAAAAACGAAAGCCAAAAGGGGACAGGUGCUAUAACUGUGGAGGACUGGAUCAUCAUGCCAAAGAAUGUAACUUGCCUCCUCAACCUAAGAAAUGCCACUUCUGCCAGAGUACAAGCCACAUGGUGGCACAGUGCCCAGUGAAAGCUGCACAGCCUACCAGUUUACAAGAAAAUUCUGCCAUUGAUGAAUCAAGCCCAGCAACUAUAGAGUAGCUGGAGAGUCUUGGGUUAAGUUCACACUAUUUGCUUUUUCUUCAAAAAUAACAUAUUCCAUUUGAACCAGGUAAUACAAAAUAUAAUGCAGUUAUGAGGGAUAAAUUAUGUAAUGAGUUUCUAUUUAGAAACGAUUGAGUAGAACUGUUCUUGCUCUAUAAC